AUGGAUGCCUUCCAUGCGAUGCGUAAGUGUGGUGGAGCUUCCGUCCAUGAGAAGGCGCCGUAUCGGCCAGAAGCCCAAGCUUUGGGUGGUAUACCAACCAAGAUAGUCGACAUACCAGUAUGCGCUGUCUUUAUGGUCCUAUACAUAAUUGCUGGUGCUUUGCACAUGGGAACCUUCCAGAAGAACAAGAAGGCUGGAAAGAAGUUCAUCUUUGGCGGUAUGAUGUUUGGCCUCUGCAAGAUCCGCAUUGUAACACUGAGUCUUCGAAUGGCAUGGGCAUGCUACCCUCGCAAUAUCCGUUUGGGUAUUGCAGCGCAGGUCUUUGUCAACAUUGGUGUCGUCUUGCUAUACUUUGUCAACCUCUUCUUCACACAGCGCAUCGUCAGAGCUCAACAUCCCAACUUUGGUUGGAGCAAGGCCUUUUCACCACUGAUUCCUAUGAUAUGCGUCAUCACCGUCUUGACAAUCAUCGCUCUGAUAGUUGGUGUCAUUCAAUCUUUCUACACCUUGGACACCAACAUCCAUCGCAUUGAUCGGAUCAUUGAGCUUUAUGGAUCGACAGCAUUCUCCGCCAUCGCCUUUGUUCCCAUCUUUAUUGUCACCCUGUCGACACUCCUACGAAUGGUCCCGGGCAUACGCGGUCAGAAAGCACAGGACAAGUUUGGCGAAGGCAAGAUGAGCACAAAAAUCAUUAUCGUACUGGCCAGCUCGGCCCUCCUGACCCUUGCCGCCUCUAUCAAGGCCGGCACUGGUUACUUGCCAUCCAUCCCUCUGGUUGAUAGCAGCAAUCCAUCGAUAACCGAGCCCACUCCCUGGUACUUCAACCGUGGCAUCUUCUACGCUUUUGGCUUUGGUGUCGAGAUCAUCAUCUUGUUCUUCUUCAUGGCCGUCAGGGUAGACAAACGCUUCAUCAUCCCAGACGGCGCCAAAGGACCCUACAGCUACGCGGGCGGCUUCGUCUUUGCAGGCGAAAGCGGAAACGAAAAGUCCAAGUUGGGCCAGCGCGAUUCUACUCGCAACCUCACAGGCAGUUCGCAAUCGUUGCAGUCAUGGGGCGGAUCGACCCGUCGUGGCAAGAGUGGUGCUCCUUCCAUCAUCAGUUGGGGCGGCAUCAGUCAAGCAGAUACCGAGAUGGGCAUUGGCGAGGAUGGUAUCGAGCCUGUGCCUUACGUGACUGUUGACGACGGCGAAAUCGCCAAGCCCGCGAGCAUUGGAGGUGCUGGACAGGAGAUGGGCUGGGACUCGAAAUCUGGCAAGUGGAAGCUUAGACCUGUUUCCACCAUGUCCGCCGUCUCGACCGGUACGCCAAUAUUGGCCAGAGAGGAUGUCUAA